GGUAUAUAUAUAAACCAGAUAUCAAAUUAAGGCGCUAUUUACAUCUAUUACAAAACAAUAUGGAACGUGUAUUUGUCUGUGUGUGCGUGAGUCUGUUAAUACAGACAGGAGCAUCGGGCCGCUGUCCUGUCUCUACUUGGGUCGAGUGCGAUAAUGAAGACGAAGGCAUUUGUGAAAGUAACGAAGACUGUACUGGAGAUCAGAUUUGCUGUACUGUUGACUGCAUCACAGAAUGUGUGGAUCCUGAGGGGGUAAUAGUCGAACCACCGGCAACAACAGCACAACCACCAAUAACACCACCUAAGGUCGUAAUAUGUCGUAAACAGUCUGAUUGUAGAGAAUGGCAAUGCUGUACAAGUACAAAUCCAGAGGCCACAACAGGGAUUUGUCAGGACAGAACAUGGAUUGGUUAUGAUUGUCACAACCCAAGACCAACGGGUUUCCAUCAUGUGCAGUGUCCUGGACCUGCUGGUAUAAUACAUCCUGACCUCUGUCCGUGUGGAUGUGGAGAUUUCUGUGCCAUGGGUCCUAAUCCAAGACGUGAUGCACAUGGCGGAUACAUUGGCCGCUGUCCGGUCUCUACUCCGGUCGACUGCGACAGUUCAGAAGAAGUCGUGUGUGAAACUAAUGACGACUGUGUUAGAGAUAGGAUUUGCUGUACUGUUGGUUGUGGGAAAGAAUGUGUGGAUCCAGAGGUUACGACAGUAAAACCACCGGUAACAACAGCAGGGACACCAAAGACAACACCAGAGACACCAAAGACAACACCUAAGGGCGUAAUAUGUCGUAAAAUGUCCGAUUGUGGAAGUCGUCAGUGCUGUACCAGUACAGAUCCGCAAGCCAAAAUAGGAAUUUGUCAAUACAAAAAACGGAUUGGCUAUGAUUGUCACAGCCCAUAUCCAUCCGGGGUAUAUUUUGCGAGGUGUCCUGGACCUGCUGGUAUAGUUCAUCCAGAUGUCUGUCCGUGUGGGUGUGGAGACUUCUGUUCCAUGGGUCCUAAUCCAAAGCGAGAUGCACAUGGUGGAUACAUUGGGAUGUGUUCGUUUGGUUGAACACUGAAGACAUUGGCACACCCGGAUAUUAUUAUUAUGUUUUAAUUUUCUAUUCAAGAUACUAAAAAUAGAAACGAUUUAAAUGGACUGCGUGUCAUGGUAACUAUUCCCACGUUCGAGAUGAAAUAACAAAAUUUGACAGUGUACAUUAUUUUGUUUGGAAAAGAAAUUGUAGCCCACAAGUUGCCACCUAGCUGUCUUUGCAAAACUAUGUAAUAUUUCCAGUAUUGGAACCCUAUGUUUUUGUCACACAGUAUAAAAGUCUGUAUGGAUGCAUAUUCUCGUACAUGGCAGCAUAAUAAACAUGUUGUCAUUAAUAAAUGAUUUUUACAACAGA